GUGAGAGUUUUAUUGUAUGGUUGGGAUUCGGAUACGCAAGGGUCAGUAGAGACCUCUCUCCCGCCACCGAACCAACUAUCCUUCCUGCACGAAGGAUGAGAAUAAUGAACCCCUUCUCUAUCUCUGCUUCCACUAAUACUCUCUCUUCUUUUCCUAAUCCACAUUCUUCAUCAUCAUUUCCACAACAACAACAACGUACACUGCUGCAAAAUCGGAAAAUUCAGAAUCUGUCGAACCACGAACGUAGCUUGAGGAAGCUUACACUGUUUACUUCAAAUUCGAGAAAGAGGAAAACUUUGAUAUGUGCAGCCAAUCAAGAAGCCGAAGAAGCUUUUAAGAAGACUGUUGCAAUUGAUCAUCUCAUUGAUAUGCUUAGGGAAGCUAAUCCUCGUGAACUUGAGAAACUCGUUCUUGAAAACAUCCUUGCUUUCAAUCCGGGCUUCUGGAUACGACUUGCCGCAAGAUCUGAUACUUGCAAGUCUGAGGAUGAUAAAAAAGAUUACGAAGAAUUGGCUUCAACGGUUAUGAAUGUGGUGGAUCUUGUGGUUAACAAGACUAAGGAAAAGAUAGAGUCUGCAACAGAUGUCCUGAAGGGAGUGUUAAAACCUGUGAUUAAUGAUGAAGGAGAGAUUUCUUGGCCUCCCAAAGAUCCUCAGGCACUCAAAUUGAUGGAAAUGGAAAUAAAUCAAAGGGAACAAGCAGGACAGCUGGAUGAAGGUUUCCUUGCUGAAGUUAGUGCACAACUAAGACAAGCAAAGGGAGAUGGUGAUAAGCCUGGGCUUGAGGCUAUGUUGCAAAAGGUCUUGCAGCUUUAUGCUUCCAACUCUCUCUCAAAACGCACUUAUGCCAUGAAAGGGAAGGAAGUUUUGAAGGAUGAGCAAUUCCUUGAAACCAUAAUCCAAGCUCCUGAAGAAGAAUGGAAAAAUAUUUUGAUCAAAGGUUUGACAAUUGGUGGUGGGGAUGUUUCACCAGAGGAGCUCUAUGCUGUCUUGAAGAAACGAAUGGAGCGCACUUUAAUUAGAACUGAGGGAGGUUCUUACCAACAACGGAUUCUGACAGAGUACCUGAAAGGUAUCGAAUCUAGAGCGCAUGAGAUUGUUCAAGUGCUUCAGGGCCAGGGGAAACCACAAUAGCAUUUCUUCAUACCUGGAGAUGGGUGGGCAGCUGGAAUGUCGUAAGCCAUGGCAAUUUCUACAUGAUGCUAGUAGUGAUUUAUGAUUUUCAGAGCAAAUCAAGCUAAUACAUAUAGUGGAGAGCUAUAGAAUUCUGAAUAAAUAUAUAUACGAGUAGUGACGUACAAAUGCAGAUCAGUGGAUUGGCAUCAUAAUAGCAUAUAUCAACUUCCAGCUAGUUUUGUGCUGAAGAUUAUAGGUAAUUAAUUUGUCCUGAUGCCAAUGUUUGGGGGGUAAAAUGUUGUAUAUUCAUUCAUCCUACAAUCUGGCAAUAAAGUAUUCUUCUAGAUUUGUUUACUAGCAUAUGGAAUUGUGAAAAUAGGAAGAGAAUUGGUUUGUAUGUGCUUACA